GGGGCUGGGCUUGGAUUUGCUCUUGUUUGGGUUUUUUGGUGAAAGAAAAAUUAAAGAGUGUAAAGUUUUAACUGAGAGAGAUCAUAACUGUUAUCAUGGGGAGGGGUAGGGUUCAGCUGAAGCGCAUAGAGAACAAGAUCAACAGACAGGUGACUUUUUCCAAAAGAAGAACUGGGUUGCUCAAGAAGGCUCAUGAGAUCUCUGUCUUGUGCGAUGCUCAGGUUGCUCUGGUUGUCUUCUCCAACAAGGGCAAACUCUUUGAGUACGCCACGGAUUCAUGCAUGGAUCAAAUACUUGACCGCUAUGAGAGAUACUCUUACGCAGAAAGACAGCUAGUCGAACCCGAUUUUGAAUCACAGUGUAACUGGACCUUCGAAUAUUCUAGACUAAAGGCUAAAGUUGAGCUUUUGCAAAGAAAUCAGAGGCACUAUUUGGGAGAAGAUCUCGAUUCGUUGACUCUGAAAGAGAUCCAAAGUUUGGAGCACCAGCUCGAGACCGCUCUUAAACAAAUUCGAUUAAGAAAAAACCAACUCAUGCACGAGUCCAUCUCUGAGCUUCAGAGAAAGGAAAGGGCGAUGCAGGAGCAAAAUAACUUGCUGGCAAAGAAGAUCAAGGAGAAGGAGAAGGCCGCAGCCGAGGAGGUUCAUAACUGGGAGCAGCAAAACAAUGGCCUUAACAUGCUUCCACAGCCGCUUCCAUGUCUGAACAUGGGGGGCACGCAGCAAGAUGAAUUCCUUCAGGUGAGGAGGAACCAGCUGGACCUUACUCUGGAACCAUUAUAUUCAUGCAACCUCGGAUGCUUUGCUGCUUGAUCAUCAAUCAGUACAAAAAGAACAAAACAAAACUACAUAUGUUGGUUUGGUUGUGUAUUAAAUUUCUGGUUUCUUGGUUAAUUUGAACCUAGACAUUGCUAAGGUAUGUGGUCGCAAUCCAAUCAUUGACGGACUAUCAAACAAUGCCAAUGAGGAUUUGAACUUUAAAACUGUUCUAUUUAUUGAUGCCAUAAUUGUUGAG